AUGACGUUACCUUUGGAACGCAUCUAUCUUGGUAUGUUAGGUGUUGGGACUGUUGGUAAAAGUGCAUUAACAUUGCAAUUUAUGUAUGACGAAUUUGUUGAUGAAUAUGAACCAACAAAAUCGGAUUCUUAUUUGAAAAAAGUUUCUUUAAGAGGUCAUGACGUAGAAGUUUCAGUUCUUGAUACAGCCGGUCAAGAAUCAUAUGCCGGUAUAACAGAAACAGCUUAUCGUACUUGUGAUGGUUUCAUUAUUGUAUUUUCAAUAACUGACACAGCUUCAUUUUACGCUGUUAAUGAUUUUAUGGAAAAAAUUGCUCUUCUUCGAGAUAUAGGACAUGUUCCAAUUAUACUUGUUGGGAAUAAAGUAGAUUUAGCGAAUCAAAGAAAUGUGUCACAGAGAGAAGCUUUCGAUUAUGCUGCAAGAAAGAAUAUAGAAUACAUUGAAACUUCAGCUAAAACAAAUCACAAUGUUCAACAGGGAAUUACUUUUUUUAUAAGAAAUUCAUAUUUUUUUAAAAACAUGUAUUUAUUACAUGUCUAAAAUACCAUAUAUUCUGGGUGGUUGAGUUUUUUUUCAUGAGAAUAGGAAUUUUAUUGACUUUAUCUUUAAGAGGUUGCAUUUCCUCGUUGUUAAUCCUAAGUAGGUGCAUUUGAUCAAUCUCUGGUGGUCUAUAUGUGCAUCCUGAGUGUAUCAUUAUUUAGUGAUAAGUUUUCAGUAAAUUUCGAUAAGCGCCUAAUGGUUUAUCUAUUACAGCCCUUAACGCCAACAACAUGAAAAAUACAAACCCUAAUAAAUAUAAUUUAUACUCGUUGCAUAGGCUAGUGAAUAUUUGAACUCGUUAUAUCCCAGUAGAUAACGUGUUGAGGUUUGAAAAUUAUGGCAGGGAGUUCGAAUCUCAGUGUGAACAAUAACAAUGCUAUAUAAUUACUCUCUGCUAACGGGUUUUGAAUAGGACAAAGUGCCCAUCACUAUUCAACUUGCAUAUAAAAAUUACUGUUAUGUCUUAUUUGUUUAAACUGAUAUGAUUCUAUAAGUUUCAUGUAAUUAGUGAAGUUGACUAAAUGAUUAUGACAAUCUAAAAUCGAUGACAUUUUAUCUUGUUUACAUAUGUACAGUGGGAUAAUGAAUAUUGCUACGUAGAAUGCUUGAAUUGGAAUAAAUAUUCAGGUACUUCAGACUUAUUACAAAUAAUUUGGAUUCAUAAAAACUGAUCAGUCUUCCCGUUAUGACGAGUUUCGUCAAUCAGUAACCAGCUCAUCAAAGUUGAUGUGACACAGCAGUACUGACUUAUUGUGGGCGAAACAUACAUCGAAUAGACAAUUUCUUUCAGUAUGUCUACCAUUAUUAGGUGAAAUUAUUAUGUAACUGAAGUAACACUCGACUUCUCUCGUAUACUGAAAGAGUGCUAGUUUGCUUAGGACUAAUUAUGAACGGCUUUACGGAGUAUAGUAUUUAUCGCUCUGUACUAUAUACCAAGUCACCAACUACUCUCCCACGCUUUCACACAACUCGAAUCAAGAACAUGUAAUUCGUCUGGCCAGUACUAAUCAAUAAUUACUUAAGUACAUAGGGUAGGGUAACACAUGACAAAUCAGAUACGCGUCUAAAUAUCUACCAGUCUAUCUGAAACAAUAGUCACUACCAUCUUUUACCUACUCAAAAAGAACCACUUAACUAACACAAAAAAUUACGAUUCUCUUCAUUACGUAAUGACGCUACUUAUAAAUAUUCAUGAUUAUUCUAUUUUAAUUAAAUAUAGGUAUUUUAUAAGAUGGCCAAA